AGCCGCACAACCCGGAACAGCGCCGUGUUGUUGUUGUUGUUGUGCACGAGCUUCACAGCCGCGCGGACCAAAGUGAACCAUGUUCUACUGCACGAGGAGCAGCGGCGGCGACCACGUGACCAAGGCCGAGAUCCUGAGAGGCGUCGUGGCCGAGAAGAUGACGACGGCCGCGCGCGAGAUCCUCGCGGUGGUCGAGAGGACCGUGGCCGGCUACGAGCACGAGGCGGCGGGCUUCCGGCGCGAGCUCCACCGGCUGGAGCGGCUGCUGCAGCCGGAGAGGACAGCUCUGAUUCCGGAAGAUGAGGAAGGCCACGAGGUGGUGGUUCUGGGUGAGGAAGAGGAGGAAGAGGAGGAGCAGCCGGCAGAACAGUCUGUGGAGGACACUGGGAGUCUGGGCCUGCUGUGGUUCGAGGACGAAGACGAUGGUGACGAUGAAGAGCGGCAGCGAGCGGCGACGACUUCCAGGCGGAGACGAGAAGACCUGAAGGACCCGGAUUAUCAGACCUCCCCCAGCUGCAGGUUAAUUCCCCCCCGAGACCGGUCUGACAGGAGGAGGCCCGGCAGACCUCGGACCAGCGACACGGUCCUGAGGAUCUGCGUCCUGGAGGACUCUCGGACCGCCGUGCUCUCGAACGCGGGUUUGUUUCCAAAGAUUGAAGAGCGUCGUUACAACCGCGGUCAAAAUAAUGUGUUUCUUCUUCUGCUUUUAGUGUUUAAGAAGUACCCGGUCCAGGAGGUGAGGUGUCCUCGAGGACUCCAGGAGGAGGAUUUCCUGGCCCUGUUGCGGUCCACCUUCCCUCAGCUGGAGGCCCAGAACCCCUUUGACGUCUUCACGUCGGACAGGACGAAGACGCUUCAGCCUCUGAAGGUGGAGGCGCUGACGCCUGAGGAGAUCUGCAGGAGCAUCCGGCUCUCCGGGGGAGGAAACUCUGCCCUCUACCUCCGACUGAAGAGCAGAGAGGAUCCUCAGAGCAGCACUGAAGACCUUGCUGGUCUCCAGAGACCCCCCGGUGCUGGUCUCCAAAGACCCCCCGGUGCUGGUCUCCAGAGACCCCCCGGUGCUGGUCUCCAAAGACCCCCCGGUGCUGGUCUCCAGAGACCCCCCGGUGCUGGUCUCCAAAGACCCCCCGGUGCUGGUCUCCAAAGACCCCCCGGUGCUGGUCUCCAGAGACCCCCCGGUGCUGGUCUCCAGAGACCCGGUGCUACAACAUCAGCUGAUGAGACCGAAGCCGUCACCGGUAGGAGGAGCUUCAAAGACAAACCGGUUGGCGAACCCCCCGGCGAGUCUUCCAGGUUAUCGCCUCCCUCGGUGCCGUUUGACAGGAGGAGGCGGGGCAGACCCCGCUUUGGGGAGGAGCCGACCCACCACGUCCUCAGAGUCUGCGUCCUGGAGGGGCUGCGGUCCAACGUGCUGCCUCACAAAGUGCUGACCAAGUACCCGGUCCAGGAGGUGAGGUGUCCUCGUGGACUCCGGGAGGAGGACUUCCUGCUCCUGCUGAGGUCCCGGGUCCCUCAGCUGGAGCCUCAGAAACCGUUUGACGUCUUCAAGUCGGACAGAAGCCGAAGACUCCAGAGGCUCCAGGUGAAGACGUUGACCCCCGAAGAGAUCUUCAGGACCAGGUCCCCCGGAAACAAGACCCUGAUCUAUAUCAGAGUCAAGCAGACCAGAGAGGAGGAGCCUGAGGAGGAGGAGCCUGAGGAGGAGGAGGAGCUUCACCUUUCACAGAGAAGCGAUGAAGGCACCACGAUGAAGAGCGAUGAAGCCAAGCUCGACUCCAGCGCUGUUCAACCCGAGGGAAGCGGAGCAGACGUCCCGUCAGACCAACAGGAAGUGGAAACGGAGGCGCUGGACAAGGACGGCGACUGGGAACCCGAGUCGUCGAAGAGGAAGAUGAAGAGGAAGGGAGGCGCCAAAGAGGAACAGAAGACGGCGUGUCAGGUGUGCGGGUUCGGGUAUCGGGUAACCGGCAGUCUCGUCAAACACGCCUGGAGCCACGUGGACGAGGCGCGCGGCGGUGUGUGCGGCGUGUGCGGCGAGCGCUUCGAGUCCGCGGACGCCUUGAAGGGACAUCUCAAAACGUACAAGAAGACUCACGACUGCUCGCACUGCAGGAAGUCCUUCCUCACCGCCGCCGGCCUCCAGAGCCACGCCCCCCUCCACACGGGGAGCCGGCCCUUUAAGUGCCACGUCUGCGGCAAGGCCUUCGCCCGCGCGUCCAGCCUGAGCAACCACCGCUGGGUUCACGCUGAGGAGAAACCCUUUGAGUGCGCCGCCUGCCCGAAGGCGUUCGGCCUGCAGGCGCAGCUACGGGCGCACGCCAAGGCGCACGCGGGCCGGGACCGGUACCGCUGCUCCGUGUGCGGCAAGUCGCUGUACGACCUGCGCUCGCUCACCCGGCACAAGGCCACGCACUCCGGGGAGCGCCGCCACGGCUGCGGCGUCUGCGGGAAGCGCUUCAAGCUCUCGUGCACGCUGAAGUCUCACGAGAAGACGCACGCGGCGCGCGAGCGCACAUUCCUGUGCCACGUCUGCUGCAAGACCUUCCUGUCCAACUGCAGCCUGAAGGCGCACGUGCGCACGCACAGCGGCGAGCGGCCGUUCGCCUGCGCCGUCUGCGGCAAAGGGUUCGUGUCCAACGGCGAGCGCACGGCGCACGCGCGCGUGCACACGGGCGAGGCGCCGUACGGCUGCUCGCAGUGCGGACGCUUCUUCAAGCGCAAGACUCACCUGAGCAACCACGUGCGCAGCCACCUGGGCAUCAAGCUGUACGUGUGCACGGUGUGCGGGAAGCCGUGCGCACGCCAGGAGCACCUGACGGUGCACAUGAGGACGCACAGCGGGGAGAGACCCUACGAGUGCUCCGUGUGCGGCAAGGCCUUCACGCAGAGCCACUGCCUGAAGACGCACAUGAGGAGCCACGACUGUUCCUGAACGCACCGGCACCUCAAAGCGACACCACCGCGAACCCUGUUCCUGAAUGCACCGUGAACUCGUCCCUGAACGCACCGUGAACCCGUCCCUGAACGCACCGUGAGCUCGUCCCUGAACGCACCGUGAAUCUGUUCCUGAACGCACCGUGAACCCGUCCCUGAACGCACCGUGAGCUCGUCCCUAAACGCACCGUGAACCCGUUCCUGAACGCACCGUGAACUCGUCCCUGAACGCACCAUGAGCUCGUCCCUAAACGCACCGUGAACCCGUUCCUGAACGCACCGUGAACUCGUCCCUGAACGCACCAUGAGCUCGUCUCUAAACGCACCGUGAACCCGUUCCUGAACGCACCGUGAACCAGUCCCUGAACGCACCGUGAGCUCGUCCCUGAACGCACCGUGAACUCGUCCCUGAACGCACCGUGAACCCGUCCCUGAACGCACCCUGAGCUCGUCCCUGAACGCACCGUGAAUCUGUUCCUGAACGCACCGUGAACCCGUCCCUGAACGCACCAUGAGCUCGUCCCUAAACGCACCGUGAACCCGUUCCUGAACGCACCGUGAACUCGUCCCUGAACGCACCGUGAGCUCGUCCCUAAACGCACCGUGAACCCGUUCCUGAACGCACCGUGAACCCGUCCCUGAACGCACCGUGAGCUCGUCCCUGAACGCACCGUGAACCCGUCCCUGAACGCACCGUGAGCUUGUCCCAAAACGCACCGUGAACCUGUUCCUGAAAACAAUGUGAACCCGUCCCUGAACGCACCAUGAACUCAUACAGGUUCAGAGCAAAUGGAACUCUCUCGAUACCGACGGCCGUCCACGACUCUAAAUGUUCUCCUUUCACUUUGUUCUUUAAAGAUAAAAAGACAUUCUUGUUAUUGUCAUCAUUAUUGUUAAUGAAGUGUAACGAUGAGCUCAGAGUUAAAUAAUUCAUCUGGAUUUAUUCUAGUUCAUCACCAACACUACAUUUUACUAGAUUACACUGAACACAUCAUAAUCUCUCCUGCUGGUUUGAACUUAAUUGGCGACUACAAAUAAUAAAUGUGAUUAUUUCUAUUGAUUAUCAGCCGAUCACGAUCAACAGUCCCCAAAAAAUGUUCAGGUACAAAAAAAAUUAUCAAACACUUUUGAUAAAGAACGUACAUUCUUUAAAAACUGGACCAAUUCAUUGAUUAGUUAAUCAAUAUAAAAGUAAUCAACGGUCUUAAUAAUGAAAAUAUUUCAGGAAAUUCAUCAACUUUAGCGUUUUUUAUUUAUUUUAUUAUUUUACUUGACUUCCUGUUUAAUGUUUUUAUUUAAUUAGUUUAAUGUUUUCAUGAGGGCGUACAUUUAAUGUUGCAUUCAGGGCAAGUGGGAAAUGUGAUGUUCCCUCAAACUGAGUCGUUUAAAUUGACUUAAUCAGCCGUUUGAACUGUAAUGAUUCUUAAUCGAAUUCUAUAAAUUUGCUUCCUUGAUGAAUUUGACAUCAGAACACCUUAAAAUCCCACAUGGCCCCUGAAUGCAGCAUUUGGUUUCAAAGUCACGACGAUACAAAGUACUUUUACUACGAGUUUGAGGUACUUUGAGUGUUUUCUUUUCAUGCUAUUUUUCUGCUGUUGUUCCAGAUUGAAUGUUGUUAAUGUACUUUUACUGAAGCAGGACUUUUGUGGUAUUAGUACUCACUUAUUGCGGUAUUUCACUUAUUGUAGUAACGGAUCUGAAUACCUCCUCCCUUUUCUGACUUUUUAAACCUUUUAUUUUAGAAUAUUUGUGUCACUUAAGAACCAAAUCUACCGAACAAUAAAUACAAUUAAACGUU